ACUGACUAUCUACUAACCUUAAAUCGCUUCACUUGCGUUCUUCGAAUAGUCAACGUCAUCUGACGUCAUCUUCGUCGUAAAAAAGAUUGGUUUCACUUCUCCAAGUUGCGAGACAGUUGGGCUGGAGGAUGGCGGUUCUGUCCGCUGUAAAAUCAGGCCUGGAGUUUGCUUUAGAAGUCUCCGAGUAUGUUAGUCCAGUCCUGACUGUGGCUUCAGCGCUGUAUGGGUGCUACGAAGAGGUGAAGGCCAACAAGGAGCGCUGUGGUCGGCUGGUAGAGAGAGUCAAGGUCAUAGAGAGUGUUGUGGUUGCCGUGACAGAUGAGGAUCUGGACAACCCCCUUGUACAAGGUGCCCUGACGAAACUCAAGAAGAUCCUGACUUCUGCAGAGGAGCUGGUGCGAAACAAUGGCAACAAACACUGGUUGUUGCGCGCGAUGAAGGCCAACAACCUGAAAGAUCAGUUUGUUGACCUGAACAAACGGCUGAGCGAAGUGUCGGACCAGCUGUCUCUCUGCCUGCAGCUGGAGCAGCUGAAGAAGCUCCGUGAAGCGUUUGAAGCCCAGCGGAGGGAGGAAGAGGACCAGCGUGACGCAGAAGACGACCAACUGGGGUGGCAAAAAGUACUAGAGGGGAUGAAUAAAACAGUGAACAUCAUUCAAAGAGACGUAAACGACCUACAAAGUGGCCAGAACAACCUACAAAAUGACAUUUCAGACAUUAAAACCAUCCUACAAAAACAGGGAGAGAUGAGGAAGAGUGAAUGUGACACAGUGGAUAGAAGUACAUCUGAACCAAAUAGUCAGAAAUCAUAUGAAACUUCAAUCGACCAGUACAAGGCUCACAUAAAGAAAACAUGGAAUCUAGUGAGGGAGUACAACUCACGCCCUGGGGCAGAUUAUGUCGUCAUGUCCGAGCGCUACAUUGACCUUCUGAUAGUUCAGAAGCACCGCGAGCUGAAAGAGAGGGAGCAGGAGAUCCGUCAAAAAGGGGAGGAGCUCUACCAGGUCUUCACCAGGGCCAGCAAGGACUACCUUUGCACCAGCUUGGAACAGCUCUUCAGUCCAGACAGCAAGGGGGAGGUGCCAAAAGCUGUCAUCCUUCAGGGCCACUCUGGAUACGGCAAGUCUUUCACUGCACAGAAGAUCAUGUACGACUGGGCAUCUGACGAAAUGUACAAGGACAGCUUUGAUUUUGUUUUUCACCUGAAGGUGAAGGAGCUCAACGGUGUAAAAGAUGAACUUCGCCUGGUAGAUCUCCUGCAGUGUGAUGGAAUUGAUAAACCCACAGUCUUAAAGGUUUUGCAGGACAUACCAGAGAGGGUGCUCUUCCUAGUGGAUGGUUUUGAUGAGCUCAGAUUGUCACAUGUGGACUCGCUCCAAUUCAGUCAUCGAGACCGUGGAACAGUUAACGUGGUUCUGGCAGCACUCUUGAGCGGUAGGAUGCUUUGCAAGUCCUCUUUGCUGGUCACCACCAGGUCCACUGCUUUAAAGGCUCUCAGCGAUAUGCUGAAAGGCCCCCAACGCUUCACGGAGAUCUUAGGGUUCUCUGACAGAGGGGUGGAGAACUACUUCCAGGCCUUCUUCGCAAGAGAGGAAGACCCAGAGGCUGGGAUUAAAGCGCUGAAACAUGUGAAGGACAAUGAAACCCUCCUCACAGCCUGUUUCAUUCCCGUUACCUGUUGGAUUGUCUGCAACGUCUUCAAAGACGUGUUCAAAGGAGGCACAGACAUAAUCACUGAUUUGGACACCAGCACCUCCAUAUUUGCACACUUUGUGUUUACACAGAUGAAGCAUCAUGGUUCGGAUCUAGACGAGAGCGAAUGGACCAACCUUUUGAAAAACUUGGGCGAGCUUGCAGCGGACGGAAUCACAAAACAAAAAGUGCUGUUUGAUGAAUAUGAUGUGAAGCAGAAGGUGUCGAAUCACAGACUCGUCCCUUUCCUUUGCAAGUUCUUCCUGAGGAAGCUCAACGUCGAGACGAAGUACAGCUUCAUGCAUCUCAGCUUCCAGGAGUUCUUCGCUGCUCUCUUCUACCUCUUAAGUGAUACGGACAUUGCUCGGGAGCAAGUUGAGGAGAUGCUCCUCAAGGUAAAGCAGGGGCUCAAUGUCACCGACCAGAAGCUCCACAUGAGCCACCUGCUGCCUGUCAUCCAGUUCCUCUUUGGCCUUUCAAACAAGGAAGUCACGUCAUCCCACCAGCUGUCUGCCUUUCCAGAAAUUCGCUCCCUGCUGGAAGAUUGGAUCUGUGACUUGAUCGAGGCAGAGGAGGGACUUCCAAGGACUCACAACAUUCAGCUGUUCAUUCUCCAGUGCCUGUAUGAGGUCCAUGAGGAGGGCUUUGUCCAGAAGGUCAUGGAGAACUGGAACAGAAUCAACCUGGACGGCAUCCCUUUGAAGAAGACGGACUGCAGUGUGCUGGCCUACUGCGUACGGCACUGCCAGGACAUGGAGCGCCUGACGCUCACACACUGCAACCUCACCGCCGAGAAGCUGAAGGUGCUCACCGAGGCUCUGGUUAAGUGUAAGGAACUAGGGCUGGUGGUGGAAGACCUGAGAGAUGGUGAGGAUCUGAUCACUGCUUUAGGAGAAGACAAGAUCGUGACAGACCUGCACUUAAAAAACAGCAGCCUUUCUCUGGGGGGUCUAGUGCAGGUCCUUAAUGCCCUUGCCAAACAGAGACGGGUGGAUGCUGUUGAUCUCACCCUGAGGAUUCCCUAUGAGAACUCCACCGCGACAACCAUCACCACGGAGAAGGAGGAUAUGUGUGGCCACCACACUGACACACCACAGGAGGGGGAAACUGAUGGACUGGACAUCAACCUGGAGAGAAAGAUUAUCAGCACAGAGCCUCUCCGAUGCAAACACACUCUUACACUGGGGCUUGGGGCACAGAUUGGCCAAUCGGAGCCAUGCAUGUUACAGAUCUCCAUCAGUCAGGCAGCUUCAUCUGAGCGCUUCAGCAACACCUGGACUGACCUUCUACAGACCGUAUACACAAGUCGCCCUCUAAGCUGUACUGCUCUGCAGUCCUCUCUCAUCCGUGUUCCUGACGUAAAGAUGGUGGAGUUGGUCUUCAGCUCCCUGACUGUGGACGUGGCCACCAAGUUCCUCUCCCUCUUCCAGGCCUGCCCCACUCUACAGAGUGGAGGGUGUAAGCAGUCGGAGAAGGCUGGAGGACAGGGGGAGAGUCUGUGUUCAGAUCUGGUCUGUCUGAGGAUGACCAGCGCCUUUUAUCAGUUAACUGUGAAACACCCGCCUGGAGACCUAUUCUCAGAAAUCACACUCGCCAUAGCAACCCCCUUAGAGGAAUCUGAUUGGCCCUGUGUGUUCCAGAAGCUCAGCACACUCAGUGAAGUACCUGGAGGUGUGGAUCUGACUUUCCUGCAUGCUGUGAGGGGUCUUCAGAGGCUGAUGCUGCAGGUGACCUGCCUGAUUGAGCGUUGGGCUGCUGACCUCCUCUCCCUCAUCCAGACCCCAGCCUGUUCACCUCUAGAGUACUGCAGUCUCAGAAUAAAUGAACCCCUUACUCACACCGACGGGGACAGCAUCUACUCAUUUCUCAGUGUGGAAAAGGAGGACAAGGAUAACAUCAUGCUGGUGGUGGAAUACAACAAGCAUCUGACUCCACUUACUGAGGCCCAGAUCACAGACAUCUCGAUCACUGUACCGCGCUCCGAGAUCGCCAGCAUCGACUGUCACAAGAUCCGUGAGCUGAGAGAUUUAGACGAGGGCACACCUGAGUUUGUGGAUCAUGUGUCAUCUGUCCCUGGCCUCCAGAAGAUCAAACUGGUCAUCGGCUGCCUGACUGGGAGCUGGGCAGGCACCCUCUGCUCUCUCAUACAAGCCUGCCCCACACUAGUCAACAUCACGCUGGAUACUGGAGAAGGGGGGAAGGGACUACUGCUGGAGGAAGGGAUCCAGUCCCUGCAGGAUGGACUACAGACACUGAAGAAGUCACUGAGUCGUCCACACCUCACUCUAACACUUACAGGGAGGAGAUGUGGGAAAGACUCGGAUCACUGCGCUGCUCCAGAGGACUGGGAGCGGAGUUGUAACAACAGGGUUCAGCUGCAGAGCCGCGGGCUGGAGGAGUUCACACACACACUCCUGGAGGGGCUCACACACACACCCCUGGAGGAGGGGGGAGCUGAGGAGGAGGACAAGGAGGUGGAGGAGCGCAGAAGCCUGCUGAAUCCACGGCAGGGUGGAAAGGACUGUCUGUGUAGGUGUGGAAAGGACUUACCAUGUGGGUGUGUACUGCUGUGAGUGUUUGUAUGAUCCACCUCCAGCCUGGGCUACACUCCCCCAGCUCAUAAGGCUACACUCCCCCAGCUCAUAAGGCUACACUCCCCAGCUCAUAAGACUACACUCCCCCAGCUCAUAAGGCUACACUCCCCCAGCUCAUAAGGCUACACUCCCCAGCUCAUAAGGCUACACUCCCCCAGCUCAUGGAAAUGUGGGCUGUGGGUCUUGAGAGAAGUUGAGAUCUAAAUGGGCACUUGAUCAUUCUUUCAGUCUCUAUGGUGCAUGUCCUGAUGCUGUGCUCUCUGCGUGAGGUGAUACACUUGAUCAUCCUUUCAGUUUCCGUUUCAUCCUGAACCUCUUUCACAUCUGGAAGCCAUAACAUUACAGGAUGGAAAGCCCCCCAGUAAAGACGAUACUCUAGCCAUUCCCUCAGAGACAGAGUCCAGUCAGACCUAAAGGCUCAUGAUUCGCACAUAUUAAUGCGAAUUGGGGUGGGGUGUUUUGGUUACCGCAUUUUCCUGACUAUUAGCUACACCAUUUACAGUAUUUUAUGUAAUUCUGUCGAACAAACAUAACUUUAACAUAGUUUUUUCAACAUUACAUAACUGUGUCAGGUAAAACUUCAUAUCAUGAUGAUGUGGUGCCAGUGCUACUAGCCAUUUAAAUGUUUUUUUUUUUAAUUCAAGCAAAAAUGCUAGCUACCUCCUCCCCGCACACUAAAGUGUGGAUUGGGCCAAAUUUUUCUGUCCCGCGUCUGACAGCCAUUCAAAUAUUUUGUCCGAACCCGACCCGAGCCCAACGGAGACAAUGUCUCAACUGUUCAUACUAAUGACACAUUUACGUACUUUUUUUAAUGAAUAGCCUGCCUUUAUUAAACUCGGCAUCAACAGAUAAAUGCACUCGCUCACACAAACAAGUGCUGUUAAACGCAUAAGAGGGCCAAUAAGCAUAUUGAAAUUAAAUUAUUCACAUUGCAAGAACGGAAUAAAAUAGCCUACACAAUACACACGCCAGGCAUCUGCUAGCCCUAAAUAAAACUCACGUUAUAUGCUACACCAGAGGAGGCGCAACAAACAAGUCUUACCAUUGAAGAUCUUUUUU